AUGGCAGUAUGGAUAUCCGACUCAGAAGCGGUGGAAUGCUUUGGGUGCGGGGCGCCCUUCUCCGCACUGCGGCGACGGCACCACUGCCGGCUGUGUGGGGCAAUAUACUGCAGUAGCUGCAGCAGCAGCUGCUGCUUAUCUGUGGUGGGGGGCCCCCAGGGGCAGGAAGCCAGCAGCAGCAUCCGGCUUUGUCUGUUUUGUGUGCGCAAUGCCCACAAGCAGCAACAGCUGCUGGGGCCCCUCACCAAGCUCCAGAGGCACCCCAUCCCCCAAACCCACUCACAAGCCAGCCACUGGGGUGUACGUACACCCAAGCAGCGACUUCAAGGGACCCCGCACGCAACUUUACUUGCCCAUGAAUGCCGCCUGCCCACUGCAGGCGGGCCCUGGCCAAACCCGCAGGGGCCUUGCUCUAGUGCAGACAGAGCCUCCAGCAGCAGCGACAGCAGCUGCGACAGCAAGAGCAGUAGCAGCAGGAUUUGUGGCAGCGUUGCAAACGGGGUGUACGCGCUGUCUCUUCUGCGCCAGAGUGUCUUAUCGCACUGUGUGCUUGAGGGUCUGCCUGCUGCUGCAGCUUGUGUGCUGCUGCGGCUGAUCUUGUCUGUGGUGUCUGCGCUGCAUGCAUCGGCUGCUGCCGCUGCGGUGUCUCUUGGGGACUGUGUGCACGCUUGCUGCUUCCCUGGUCAGUCAAUGUCCGACUCCCGAGCCUUCCCCGGGGUCGUGCUGCCUCUGCUGCUGCAGCACAAGCAGCAGCAGCAGCUGCUCCCCCUGCAUCAAGCACGGGUGCUGCUGGUCCACGGAGAUCUGCAGUUGGGGGGCAGAGUUGCUGAGGGGCCCCCAGGCCGGUUCACACACUUGGAGACGGAGCAGAGGAGACAAACACUAGCACUAAGGGUGCUGCUGCAGCAGCUGGCGCUGCUGCAGCCAAACCUGCUGCUGCUAUCGGGGUCCCUACCUCUCUCACUGCUACUGCGCCUUGCAGCUCUAAAAAUUGUAGCCGUUCCUGGCGUCCCGUUUGCCAGCCUGCUAAGGGCCAGCAGAGCCACGGGGGCCCCCCUGUGGGCUUCUCUUGAACUAGCAGCAGCAAGAGCAGCAGCAGAAACAGCGCAGCAGCAACAGCAGACGGUCCUGGGCAGCUGCUCUGUGCACUGGGGGGCCCCAACCCCAGGAGCACCGUCUCACCUCAUUCUGUCGGACUGCCCCCCCAGCAGCUUUUGGACUAUUUGCCUGGUGCUUCCCCCCUCAGCAGCAGCAGCAGCAGCAGCACCAACGGCAGCAUGGCCUGAAGUAAAAGUGUCAGGCAAAGACCAAGAGGCAGAAACAUACAAGCGAGUAUUGUGGAGGGGCCUCUGUGCUGCCUUUGCACUGCAGCAAGAACUGAAAUUCAUUGCUGCUUGCUGCUACCCGGGAGGCGGCCCUCAGGGGCCCCUCUGGAUUGAAGCAGCAACAAAACGGCAGCUUUUGCUGCCGCAGUCAGAGGAAAGCCGUUGUCCUGGCUUGGGGGAGCUGCCUCACGAUGAUGACUCAAUAGCUGGAGCCAGCAGGGUACAGACUCUUUGCAGCAACACCCCAGCAGCAGCGCUGCUGCAGCAGCGACAGCAGCAGGACAGCAGCAACAGCGACAGCACCGGCACUGCGGGCGAUGCUGCAACGGCCAUGGUCAGCAAAUUGCUGGAGAGUACCUUCAGGCGAAGACCCCUCAAGUGCUGGCUGCAAUGCUGCAGCAUAUCUGUGGGAUCAGGGGGCCCCCGAGACUUGGAGCGGCGCUUACUGGAAUGCAUGUGCACCUUAGAGGGGCCCCCAAGCAGCACCAAUUAUCCACCGACAGUAGCUGCGGCAGCAGCCGCGGCCGCUGCAACAAACUGUCCUGCAGUCGCAGCAGUGCAGCUUCUCACGCUCAUAGAUGGAGAGGAAGAAGGGCUUCCAAGCUGCAACUUGGAUAUCCCUGGUGCUCCUCCAGCCGAUCCCACAGGCCUGGGUGAGCCCCUGUGGGUUCCUACGACCGGCGGCACUGGUGGCAUUCUUCCGCUGCACCAUGCUUUACAGACCACGGCUUUUUCUGCUGCAGAGCAAGCACCUGAAGCAGCAGUCAGGAAUGAAAUAGCUGCUGCUCCUGCUCCUGUCUUCGGAGAGGAGAAUAAUGUGGGGCAGGGAAGAAGAUGCCUGGGUACUUUGCUGCUGAGGCGGGCUUUCAGCCUUGAGGCCCAGAUUGUUUCUCUAGGCAUCACUUGGAGCUGCCGACUCCAGCAGUGCGCAACGGGAGCAGGAAGCCCUGGGGCCUCUGGGGCCGUCGCUUCCCUUGGGACCCUUGGGGCCCCUUGGUCCCCCGGUUCCACAGGAACUUCGGGAGCUCUCCGGCGGUGCCCUUGCGCGCUGUCCUUUAGCCCCUUUGGGGCUACGCUGCGCGAAGUCGCCAGCCGCUGGUGCCUCUUCUUGCAGCAGCAUCCAGGGGCACGCAGCUGCCCUGCAGGGGAUAGCAGAUGCAGAAGGCCUCUUAAUGAGCACUCCCUUGCGUUCACGAGAGACACAAACCGAGUUGUUGUUACGUUCAAUGAAGGUCUUCUAGUGCCUCAAGGGGAUGUCUCGCGCGCACCCGCUGCUGCCCGCCGCCGCAGCAGGUACGAAGGGUCCCCUAUGUUGUCUCCGUUGCCCCCCGCGAGAACUGCAGAAGCAACAGCAAACGCAACGGGAGACACGCCAGCAGCAACAGAGGCUGCAGCAUCAACGGCAGCGGAUAGCGUCAGGUACAACAGCAAGCUUGAGGGUGCCUUGUUUGCCGCGAAAGAUUUGCCUUCAGCUUUAUCAGAGCCCAUCAGAGCAGCUCCAGCCGGACAAACAGCAGAAACAACAGCUACAGAAGGGAGCUGGGAUUACACUGAAAAGAAUGGAGGCCCUGCUAGGGUAGGUUGGUGGCAAACGUGCCGGCGCUGUGGUGGUGGGGCCCUUGGGGCUUCUGAAGAUAUUGGCCGAUAUGGCGACCUUCCCUUCAUUAGAUUUUUGGAGUUGCUGCUAACUGACGAGACUCUUAGGGGAGACGGUACCCGUAGCGGGGAUCUGCAGCAGCAGCAGGUGGACCAGCAACAGGGGGUGCUGCAACAACAGCAGCACCAGCCGCUGGAACAGGAGCGCGAGCAGGUGCUGAAUGGAGACAAGAGAGUGCCUAGUUGCCCCCAUUCUAUUUUUAGAGACAGGACAUUUUACUUCGCAUCAGGAAACGCUACCUUGGCUUUCAGCCACCAGAGCCUAACGGUCUACUCUAUAUGCAAAAAAGGGGCCCCCCAUCAGCUGUUGAGACCUAUCUCAAGAAUCCCCCCUUGCCGUGAUUCAACGGACCCGGCUGCUGACGCCUCGGUAACCGAAUCUGCAGCAGCAGCAGCAAAUGAGUCCGCAGCAUCACCUACUGCGUUGCUCGCAUCCGAAGCAGGGAAGCCCGUACACACACCAGCGAAGCCAGCACCAGUAGAAGCAGCAUUAAAGGCGCCUGCAGCGGCACCGGGUGGAGGAGCUGCAGCAGCAGCACUUGCUGAUGAUGGCACGCCACUUGUCUCCUGCCAGCAACAAGAGGACGCGUGCCUCUCUGGCAGCAUGUGCUGCUCCGCUCGCCGUCAGCUUCACGAAGCAGCAAAAGAGGUGGCUGCUGCUGCAAUAGAGGGCGCUCCUGGAGAUCGUUAUGCUCCAGUCGCGGGAUGUCUCACUGAGGUUUCCCUGAAAGACGCCGCUGCAGGCUCAUCUCCUUCAGCAUCCGCGGGGCGGUGCGCGCUAAGUCAAGCACUUCAAAGAAAUCUGGAGGGCAGUGUUUCGUGGAUUACGCGCGGAAGAACAUUCUUGACUUCUACUGCGGCAGCGGUGGAGCGGCAAAUAAAGGCAACAGAGAAACAGCAGGAACUGCUGAUUCAAGGGGCUCCUCUUGAAAUUCGGUCACCCCUUUGCAGCUACUUCGCUGGACCCUCAGAUCAAGGGGCACCAAGGGGUCCUCCUGGGGGACCUUUGUGGCGCCUGUGGUCAACUGUUUGUAAGCUGCUGGUGGAGCAUCAGCGCAGUCUGUCGCUGCUGCUGCAGCAGUUGCAACAAGCAGCGGCCAUUCUCGUGUUGUUCAGUUUUUCGCUUCAGCAAGUGACCUUGAAGCGGCAGCAGCAGCAGGGUCCGUGCAGCAAAGAGAAUCAGGCUGCAGCAGCAAAAACAUCGCAGAACAAUGCACCAGGGAUGACGUUGGCAGAAAAGAGUUGUUGCUGCUGGAAGACAGCUGAGCGGCUCCUUCGAGCCUGCGAUUUUUCAUGGUUUUGUUUGGACAAAUAUUUCGAAGUGUGCUGCUCUGUUCUCUUCAAAAGGUUUGCAUGCGGUGCAGAGGAUGCCCUCAGAGAGGCCAAGCUCCCCGCGUCGCCCAGCCUGCUUCCCCUUGUAAUACCCCCUAACGAUACCGCGAGCCAGCAGGAAGGAGCAGCAGCAUCUGUAGAUCCUGCCGCUGCACCAGCAGCCACUGCUGAUUCCAUGGCUGCUGCAGAAGAGCAAAGCCCGCGGAAGUCAGCAGGCUUCGUAGUACUGACCGGAAUACGAACACCGCGUGUAAAUGAUUCGCCGUUUUGGAGCGCAGCCACCGGACAGGGCCCAACGGCAGCCGCAGCAGCAGCAGCACCAGCAACCGCUGUGGCAACGAUGGAGCCUCGGCCAAGCAAAAGAACUGUCUAUUGCACUGGAAAGAUGCUACCUCUUUUGCUACACCCGCCAGCAGCAACGCCAACUGUUAGUGAUACAAGGGACGGCCGUUUGUACAGCCCAAGAACAACAGACGCAGCAGCAACCGCAGCAUCAGCAGCAAGCGUAGCAGCAGCAGCGCCCCUGCAGUCAUGCCGGCACCGCAGCGCUUCGUGCGAAGUUGUAUGGCGGGUUGUCAAAGACGAGGAUGCCCCUCUAUCCCCAGCCUCCCCUGCUGGUGAGGAGGGAGCCCCGCUGGGGGCCCCAUUAGCAGAUGCAGGGGGGCCCCAGGAAGCUAGGGCUGACAAGUCCACAGCAGAGUCUGGAAAACCCUUUGCGGCUGCAGCAAAUUCAAGGGAUUUCCAAUCAGACGCACGCUGCUUGGAGUCCGCUGGACGUGCAACGGCGAAUCGUGUGCCCGUUGGAGCUCCUGCAGCUUCAGCAAUAUCGUCAGCAGCCACAACAAGCAAGCCAGCAGCAGCAGCAGCAAGCAGGCUCCUGAUACCUCCCGCAUUCGGAGCAGCAGCUGGCCUUCAGGGGACGUUUAAAGUGGAUCCUUUUCACUCAGGGCCUCCGCAACAACCCUGUCGCCGGUUCAGCAGUUGGCAGCCGCUGUCUGCUGCUCCUGCUGCUGCUUCUUCACUUACCGGCCAAAGCAACACAGCUUUGCUCGGUAGCAACUGUACAACGCCUAGCCAUGAAACUGUCUGUUUGCACCGUUUGCGUCGCCUCACAGCCGCAGCUUUGCAUGCUCUUGAAGCCUCCGUCUCUGACAUACUUGCUCGCUCCAAAGAGGGCCUUCAUGGCUUUUUGCCUCCUCAGGAAUCCAAAGAUGUAGGGGCUCUCAUAGCCUCAGCCAUUCUUAGCCCCGCAGCAGCACAGCAACUGAAGCGUAGAUGGACGACAGAAUUCGUCAAUACUCCGGGCGCUUGUUGUGGGGGCUUAUGUGGAAAAUGUAUAAACCCCACAGGGGCCCCCGCAAAAUGCCCUCCAGAAGCACAAGUAAAAGCCUCCAAAGAGGACUAUACGCAUGCUUCUGCAGAAGCCUUUGCAGAAGCUGCGCCAUUGGAACCAUAUGAGAGCAGCAAGCCGUGCCUGUGCUGCCUGGGCACUUGUGCUGUGGAGCUUUGCAGAGCACGGAGGCUAGCGAAAACAAGAAGCCCCAGCAGGGUUGUGAAUGCAUCAUCCUGUGGGGGGAAACAGACUCAUUCGGAACCCAAGAUCCCAUGUAGUGAUGAAGCAUCCGCAUCAAAAGAAAGAUGGUCUGUGUGGGGUGGCUCUUGCAGCCGUGGGUGCCUUCUGCUGCCUUCAGCGCUGGCCGUGGUGUUGGCUGAACUCUCUGAGGGAUUUCUCGAAGAGAGCAAAACUUCUUGGGGAGGCUUUUCACGCACAGACUUUAAAAGGCAGCCGCUAGUGUGUGAAGGGCCUCUAAAAUCGAGAAGCCUUCAGGGACGGGGAGAUGCCAUGAAUCCAGAGGAAACGAAAGGGAAUGGGCAGGGCUCCUUGAGGAGGCAUCCGGGCCAAUCAGGUCCCCGCGGUCUUCUGGCUUGCGAUUUGUUCAGCUGCUGUCUCUUUGUGCCUCCAUUUUGUUGCGCAGAUUGGCCAGUGCCAGCUGAAGGUGUCUCGUUUGUUGGAAACUUUCAGAGAUUCGUGGCGCUUUCGCCUGAAGAGGGCACUUUGGGAAUUCCGUGGUGGCUCAGGGAGGGACCUGGCCGUGAGUCUCCAUGCAGUCCGGCUUUGCAGGAUGAAGCGAAUGAAACAGAGCUGAGACUACUACGUGGUGUGCUGGAGGCUCCCAUAGACAGCGGCGAGCAGCAUGUGCAGGUGCACCAGUUGGGGGAUAAUCGAUCUCACAAUGUGACUCUUUUCUUUGCCCCACAAUUUCACAUUUUGAGGCAUUUGCUGUGCGGAGAUGAUCUCCAGUUUUGCUGCUCUAUCAAAAGCGCAACGCCUGUCAAACUGUUUGGAGGAAAAAGCGGGGCGUCCUUUACGCUAUCAUCGGAUGGGGUUUAUGUAUUGAAGGAGUUAAACCGUCACGAGGUCAAGUUGCUGCUGUGUCAGAGUGACUCUUUCUUCCGCCAUUUUUCCCGCGUGUUAUUGGAAGGAAGGCCGUCUGCCCUAACCCCAAUUUUGGGUCUAUUUCAAGUAAAGAAUACAAUAAAUGGAGACAAAAGGUAUUACGUUGCCCUUAGUAACCUAAGGUACAGAGAAGGAGGGGCACCAAAGGGGCCCAUCAGGGUCUUCGACCUCAAAGGACUCGGCAGGCAAAGGUAUAUACCGGAAACGGAUUCACACGCAGUUCACAGUGGCGCCAACAGCAGCAGCAAUAGCUGCACGGGUGGUGGGGCUGCUGCAAGGACAGCGGGGAGACAGAAUCGAACGACAGCUGCUGCAGUGCUGAACGAAGCAGCCGCAUCUACAGCGACCCCAGCAGCAAACGAUGCAGCAGCAGUAAGCUCGGACGAAAAUUAUUCUCCUAAGAUCUUGGCAGCCACUGAAGAACCAUUUUCUAGCAAAGACGCUGGCUUCCCAGCGGCAGGCGAAAGUCUCUUUCGCUUCUUUUCUACAGCAACGCCUCCAGCAACUCCAGCAGUCACAGCAGCUGAAGCAAGGGCAGCAAUUGAAAUAUCAGCUGCAGCGGCAGCCGCUGGGGAGUUCGAAUCCUUGGACGUGCAUGCAGCGUUGGAGUGCGUGCCAGUGUUAUGGGAUCAAAAUUUUCGCGAAUACUCUCGGGGCUUUGCGUUGUGCAUGCACUCCAGUGACGUCUGUGCCUUUAGGGAGGCGCUGCAGCAGGACCUUUCUUUGCUGCAGCGUCUUGAGGUGGUUGACUACUCGCUGUUGGUUGUGGUUUACGAGGAAACCGCAGAGAUAUGCUUCGGCCUCAUUGAUUUUUUCCGCAAGUAUACGUGGGACAAACACGUAGAGAAACUGGGCAAAGCCCUCGCCUACAUGACCAGUGGCCUCCAGCCCACUGUCCUAUCCCCAGGCGAUUACAGGCAACGCUUCACAGAAACGCUGCGGGAGUUCUUUGCCCCUGCACUGCCCCCCCUUCUCCCCGUGUCCCUCCACACGCUGCGGGCACUCGCAGCCGCACUGACACCCGUAGACACUUAUCCGCAAGGCACGCACCUCGCUGGUGCUGUUGCUGCGGCGUUAGAAAAUUCGGAAACAUCACAAAGAACAGCAGAGUUGGCAGUGGCGGAAGUGGGUAGAAGAGAGGAGAGUCGCCCAACGUGUACUGAGGAGCCAAUAGGCAAAGUGCCGUUCGCACCAGACGCUGCUGUCCCCGCUAAAGGGGGGCUUUCUUCAGGUGUUCCUCCAAGAUCCUCCACGGGGCCGCUGCCAUCGUUUGCUGCUUGUCUUGCUGCUAUUGUGAGGGACCAGCAGCAGCGGGACGCAGCAGGGACGUGGGGCUCUGGGGCUACGUGCGACAGCUGCGGGGAGACCCCAGCCAGCCUCAGGUAG